CGUGCCAACCAAAGUGGGCGGUCCUUCUCCGGCUUCCCUCUGAUUGGUGGAGCUCGCAGCGUCCUUCCUCGUCUGUUCCUCAUCGCUGAGCCCAUUGAUUGAAGGAUCGGCUAAUGCUGAAGCUGCUGUUAGUGCCUUACCAACGCUUCUCCCAACACACAAUGGCAACACUUUCAGAUAUGAAGGAAGUCUUCCGGAGAGCAGAUGCUGUCUGUUUCGACGUGGACAGCACAGUCAUCAAAGAAGAAGGCAUAGAUGAACUUGCCAAAUUUUGCGGUGUGGGGGAUGCAGUCACUGAAAUGACGCGCAAAGCUAUGGGCGGCUCAAUGUCAUUCAAAACAGCCCUGAUUGAGCGUCUAUCCAUCAUCCGAUGUUCAAGAGAACAAGUGAACAAACUGUUAACAGACCAUCCACCCCAGCUGACUCCAGGUAUAAGUGAGCUUGUGGACCGCCUGCACCAGCGUGGCAUCAAAGUGUACCUCAUCUCAGGGGGCUUCCGCUGCAUCGUUGAACACGUGGCCACUCAGCUAAACAUUCCUCUUCAUCAUGUUUACGCCAACCGGCUCAAGUUCUACUUCAAUGGAGAGUAUGCUGGCUUUGAUGAGAGCCAGCCCACUGCUGAGGGUGGUGGAAAAGGGAAAGUCAUCAGUAUGUUGAAGGAACAAAAUGGUUUCGAGAAUGUGGUGAUGAUCGGAGAUGGGGCCACAGAUCUAGAGGCAUGCCCUCCUGCUAACGCCUUCAUUGGAUUUGGUGGUAAUGUCAUCAGGCCGCAGGUUAAGGAGAAGUCCUUGUGGUACGUGACAAGUUUUAGGGAGCUGCUAAAGGAACUAGAAAAUAUUUAAAUAAGCUAAAAAGUGUACUGUAACUCUAACAUUUUUUUAUUUGCACCCAAGGGUGCUCUUCUGUUGGUUUUAUCCCGUGCACACGUUUCCUUCUACUCGAUAGAUUUUUAUAUUGAAUGAAAAUGUUUACACUAGAAAGUCCAGUUUUUCUUUCAUAGGGAUGCUGCCCUAUUGAUUUGUACUAGUUACUAAAGGAUUAACCUAGAACUUUUUAUGUGAAGGUAAAAAUAUCUUAUUGUCAUGCACUUUUUGCAUUCAAGUCUCUAGUCGAGCUAACACAACUCGUGCAUUUUAUGAAAUGCGCAAUGAGUAAUAGAAAUGUUUUAGUUCAGUAUGAAUAUAACGAGCUGUAACUACACUACGUCAAUGAGUGUUGAGUCCUGUAAAGAACAUCAGUAUUAAAAACGAGAACAUGUUGUCAACAA